GCUGCACGCAUCGGCUGGUCUGGGCCUGGUCUCUUCUGAAAAUCCAACAUCCGCUGACGUCACGUCCUUUACCAGGUUUCUGGCCUGGGCUAUGGACAGGACGUCACUUCCGCUGUGGACAGGGACAGAUCUACUCCUCUCCUUGGUCCUGACUCCACCUCAUCGGCGCAUGUGACGUGAACAUCAGCAGAUGUAGGAUUUUCUGGAGAGGAGCGCCACAUGAACGCUUCCCGAGCGUUCGAUCCAUGCAAUGCCAUGGAGCAGUUGUUGCGGCAGUAUGAAGACCUGCGAGGCGCUGGAAGUAAGGGCCCAAAGAUGGACGAUGUCCUGAAGAAGAUCACCACCGCCCAGAAAGAUGGAGAGCAGGUAGCGGCCGAGAAGCAGGAAUUAGACAAGGAGAUAGAAGCGGCACAGAGUGAACUACAGAAAUUAUAUGCAGAAAAAGCGUCGCUGAAAGAAAUACUCGUGAAAAAGCAAGAAACCAUCCAGAUCCUGAAGCUACGACGUGAGGAUCAGUUAAAGAAGGAACAGAAGCAGCAGGAGCAAGUAGAGGAGAUCAAAAAGAAGAUUGACAAUCUGGCCAACAAAAUGAAGGAAGAGAAGCAGAAGCAGAGAGACCAGCGGAUGGAAUUUCAGGAGCAAAUGGAAGAUCUGAUGAAAAAGCACAAGGCUCUGGCAGAGUUUUACGAUGCAAAAAGACUUGAAGCAGAGACUGAUCAAAUGACGGAGCGGAAAAAUGAGCUUCUACAGGAAGAGAAGGAGAAAUUAGCCAAAUUGAAAGAACUUGAAGAAUCUGAGGCCAAACUGAGAGAGGAAGGUGUCCUGACUGCAGAAAACGUCUUCCUGCAUAGCGAAGAAGCGAAAUGUGCAAUAAAGCUAUUUGAGGAAGAAAACGAACGUGCCAAGGUCAUGCUGGAGGAGGCGACAGCGCGGCAGACGGAAGUAGAAAACAAAUAUAACAGGCUGAAAUCGUGGCUGGAAGAUGCCGAAAGGAAGCUGCCUCUGGUGUCACCGGCUCCUGCAGAUGAGCCCCAACCGAAGAUCAGUAAGGGGGUCGCCCUCCUUCCCAGGAGUAUUCUAUUCACAUUCUCCAGGCAGAGAACAACAUAAGGGUUAAUAAUCCUUGAGUGGGUUUAUUUCUGUUUUGCAUAGUUUAUUAAAG